ACUACGAAGCCGAAGACGCCGAAGUGCCGACUGCCGAAGUCAUCUCUCGGUCUCUCGUCUCGUCGUCUCGUUCUCGUUGUCGUUAUCACUCCAUCCAUCCCAUGGUCCAUUGUUUCUAUCGUUUUCAGUUUUCACAAAACAGAAAGAGUGUUCAUUUAUGAUUUUAUCAGAUUUUUUUGCAUUUAUUUUAUAAAUUGUUUAUUCAGUUUGAAUUGAAAAUUACACAUCGUAUUAGUCAAUAAUGUCAGUAUUGAAUCGUUUCAAGAAAUCCAUCUUCAAACAGUUGUUGUACUAAUGCAGUGUUUUCAAUGUUUUCAUACAUGCAGCAAUAACUUGAUUUUUCACAAAUAGAAGACGAAAAUGACAAGACGCGAGGACCUGAUGUGUUACGUUUCAUCGUAGAAUUUCUAUGCCGGUUGUACUUGGAUAUUUUCAUAGUUCGCUACAAAAAAUGAAUGAUUCUAAUCAAAACACCGAUUUAUCUCAUCUAAUAUCACCUCAUUCCAUUUCGGUGUACGGAGAAAGCAUCGGAUAUAGUUGUGUCACUGAAGAAGCGGCUGCUACAUUAUCAUAUGAUGUUUCGCAACGACUUUAUGAGCUAUUAAAUAGAUGUCGUACAGAAAUGAAUGUGUAUCGUCAAACUAACUUAUCAAUGACUAUUUUAAAUAAUGUAUUUCAAAGUUACGGUGUUCCUCCUUUACACGGCAAUAAAUUUCUGAUUCCUUUCGUGAGCAUUCCUAAUUCCGAUAUGUCAGUUUUACAUUUAUCCAAAAUUAAUGUUGUAGAUCAAGGUGUCAGUGAUAAAGCUAAUGUUGAAUUUGAGAUGGUGCCAUUAGUUAAAGGUAUUUUUGUUUCUCCCUUAACCAAAAUGUGCGGAAUUAUGAAUCUUAUGAAAUCAGUAGAUAAUUCUUCAAAUGACAUUUUACCAAAAUUGGAACCAAGAUCUGAAUGUGAAAUGAAUAAUUUUUCAAGCGGCAGUUUACCAAAAUUUAAGGCGAAUAUUAAAAAUGAAAGUUUUUCUGAUGUGAAUGAAGAAUGUAAUGGAUUAGAUGAAGACUUGACCAAUGAAUUUCCUAAACGCAGUGCAGUGGAAUCCAUUAACAAGCUGGAGUCAGAUUACUAUGUAGUAGUUGCUCAAGUCAUUUUGAACUCAUCAGAAAGUUUAUUUAAGUUGGUAUUGGAUGACGUGAAAACCAAUCCACGUCUGGGAAAUGUUUGCGCUUCCUUAUUGAAUUUAAUUAGUAAUUCCAUUAAGCAUUUUAAAUGCUCGGGCAAUCUAAUCGAUAGAUUGCUUCGUACCAUCGAAGCGCUCUUAGAUAAUAAAUAUAUAGAUCCUUCUUCAUUUUAUUCGGUUGAUGAUUCCGUGAAUGUAUUAUGCAGUAUUAUAUUAGAACCAAAGAUGGCCAAUGAUUGUGACGAUUUUCCUCAUAGAAUGCACGCUAGCUAUUUAUUAAUGAGGGCAUUGAAUACCUGGAACAUCGGUGUUGAAGAGAAAGUGAAAAUUUUAGUUACAAUUAAGAAAACCCUGAUGAAUCCUGAAAAAAUGUCGCUCAAGUUGAAUUAUGGCAUCCUGUUAAUGUUUUAUUCUUUAGGCUGUGAUAAUUUGGACGCACAUUUUUGGCCACUUCUUAGUAAAUAUUUAAACGUACUAUGCUCGUUAGACGAAAUAAUUUCUGGAAAACGAAGUAUUUCAUUAACAACUGAUAUAUGCCAUGUGAAAGCUGCUGUAAUACUGGUAUCUGGUAUGCUGUAUAGGAAUUUCUGGAGUGAUGAUCCUUCCAUACAACAGUUACAUAUGGAAGCUGAUGUUUUACUUCAUUCUUACUUCGGAGAAUGUCUAUUCCCGAUCAGAAAUUACGCUUUGCCCAAGAUUCCAGAUGUUUUUUCUGAUUCUACUAAGAAAUUAAAACAACGUGGAAAUAAAGAUGUGAUAGUAGAUGUUACGAAAAAUUAUAGAAACGUUCGAUUGUUUGCUUCUAGGAGAAAAUUUACGCCACAUUUUUCAAAUUUUUCCAUUAAACCGAAAUCAUAUCGGUAUGCUGUAAAUGAAGUGUUUGAAAUUUCUUUGAAAACCUCUCGAAAUAGUCCUAUAAUUUUCAAUUUUAUUGGUUCUAAUCAAAUCAGUGAGCUGCGUGGCAAGCAUUUAGAUGUGAGAUAUAAUACGCAUUACAAUGGCUGUCUACGCAAUCAAAGAUUUUUGAAAUAUGAAAAAACAACCCGAUGUAUUAAAUACUGCAAUAAUCCGAAAAUUUGCUCAGGUGAUAUUUAUCUUUUUCUUUGAUCUCUUUUUAUGUUUUUUAAGUUAUUCAGAUGAGCAUUUAAAUCUAUUAUGUGUAAACAGCUAUUUGAAUAUCCGAUUUAUAUCUGUUGUCAUUGUAUAUUUUACAUUAAUUUACAGAAAAUUACAUAAUUCUUUGAAAUAUUGAAGUAUUUAGUUUUAAGUCUGUACCCUAUUUUCACAACGAUAGGGAAUCGAUGAUCUACGCUUAAUUAAAAAUAUGGUACGACUGUUCGCAUUUAUUAUUUUUCUGAAAUGAUAGUCGUUUUUGAACAAAUAUUUCGUAAGUUUUUAAACAUGCAGAGGUGUAUACAUGUAAGUUGUUUUAGAUUCCACUCAUGAUUCUAUGUUCAGUUUUCAAGUUACCAAGUGUAAACAAUUAUUUUACUUGUUUAUUAUUAAUCAUCAUUCAUUAUUUUGAUGAUGACAGUUCCGUGAUUUCAAGUUUGAUAUAUCAAGUUGAGGAUAAGCGUUUGUAAGUCGUCCUCCUAGCAGAAAUUGGCCUGUACGCGUAUAAUACGAAUUUUAUUCUUGUAUUUCUAAACCAGCAAUGAAAACUUUGUUUUGUAAAAAAAAAUAAUUACGUGA